UGGCUCACAAAGUGAAACACCGCGGCGGAAGGGCGUAAAUAUAUGACGACCGGCGGCGGCCUCGCAUUGCCAAAUUUGCACUGUGCGUCCAUUAAUCCGCCGGAUUCCUGACAAAAGAUUUCCCCUAAAACCCUCGCCGUCACUCCCAACUCCCCAGCCCUGACGUCCCCCUUCGUGCGGCCAUGGUGGGCUCGGAUCCGGAGCCUGACAUCGCCGAGCUCUUCUGCCACUACAACGCCCUCUACUUCCAGGACUCCCUCGGCGCGUGCGCCGUCUCCUGGGCGGAGGAGCCACUCCCCUACGGUGAUACAAGUGGCUGUGAAUAUUAUCCUGGCGGCGGUGGCUGUAUUGUACUUCUUUCGAAGUCCUUAUAUGAGUUUCACACAUACUCCGAUCUGAAGAAUGCUUUGCUCCAUGAGAUGAUUCAUGCCUAUGUGUGCAUCAAAGAUAAUAACACUGACCAUAGUAACCAUGGUGCAAACUUUCAGAAGUUAAUGAAUACAAUCAAUUCCAGCUCUGUACCAGAUCGUCAUCGUCCUCUUGGUGGCUACAACAUAAUUAAGCUUCAUGAUAUCAGAAAGAAAUGUUAUCAAUAUGAAUGUGAUGGCUGUGGAGAUUUUGUUAGAUCAACCAAGAUCAGAGGACCUUCACAUGAUGACUGCAUUGAGAGAAUGGGUGCUAAUUCCUCCUGCCCAAAUUCAGCUUGUCAAUGGCAUAGGCACAAGAAGCGAUGCUCCGGUAGCUAUUAUAGAGUUGGAAAAUCAGCACCAGGCUGUGCAGAACUAGGGGGUUCAGUAGCUUCAGCUGAAGAAACACUUGAUGAACACAAGGCUGCCAAAUCAGCCAGUGGAAGUUGGCAUGCCAAACAUACAUCAAAUAAGUCGGGGACAAGCAAUAAGCAUGAACUGGAAGAUGCACCAGCUGAGUUCCGUCAUCCUACUGAUGAUGCAAUCGACAAAUCAGGACUGGGCUCCUCUUCAGGGGACAGGUGUAAUAAGAAAAUUAAAUUAUCCAAGGACGUUCGCUUUGGCAACCUGACCGGCGCAACUGUUCAGCAAGCACCAAAGCGACCAAGAACAGUUACAGCAAAAAGGAACCAAGAGUGCAGCAGACAAAAGAAAAGGAAAACCAGCAAGUGGGAUGGAUCCUAUUCAAUAAUAGUCGAACAGUUGAAUUAUUACUGUUUCGAUGAUUCAGAUGAAGAUGAGGUGCCCUUGAUCAAUAAAAGAACCGAAAUGAGAAAACGACAAAGGUUACUGAAAAAUUCUCAGGCAACAGAAUUAAACGAUGGUAGAAAGGAUGUGUGUUUUGAUUCUUGUUCUCAAGGCUCAGGGGACAAGAACAUAUCUGAAAGUGCGCCUGCUUCUCAAGUCGAAGAAUGGUCGUUGCCAGAUCAUCUUGUGCAUAAUCGUGUAGCUGCUCCAGGUCAAACAGACCAUGAAACUGUGGACUCCGCAAUUGGUGAAAUUGUGGACAUUUCAGAUGGGUGACUAUCACAGAGUUUAAUUAGCUCCUCUUAUCAACCCAAGCUUUCCGUUGUGCGUCUUGCUACUGCUAGACAUCUCGCUACACUGCAAAAGUGCAAAGGUUGUAAACUUGGAACCCGGUUUGGUUUGUGCAUAUCGCCGCUAUGGCGAGGAUGCUGCGUCGUCCUGUGAAAUAUGUGUCCUUGGCUGCUGUACAUAGUCUUUUUUAUUUCUGUUGCAGUUUACUUCAUUCUUUUACUAGCAUAGAGGGGGUUGCAAUGUUAGGUCUGUAUGCUGUAGCUCACUUCAGGCUACCGUAUUUCACUUUUCUAUUUCUGUACUUACGACAGCGGCAAGUCAUCUAAUUGUGGGCGUAUGGUUUCCCCCUCUUUGUGUUUUUU